GAAGAAAAAUCGUGAACGAAAGGAAAAAAAUUUAAUUUUUUAAAAAGACUGAAAAGAAGAGGAGGAGAAAGGAAAAAUAAGAAAAAAAAUAAAAAAAAGUGAUGUCGGACCCCAUGGUCUAAAUAAAGGGGGUCUCCUUGCUCCUCUGAAGGGUGAAGAGUCCCCCCCCCUCCCCACUGUUGGAAGGAUGUUUCACCCGGUGUUCUGACUGCCUAUGGAUAUAUUCGGCCGUUGUAACGGCGUUGGUGGUAGUACGGUAACCGGAAGUGGCGUUGGUACCGCUAGAGUAGUGACAAAUUCAGAAUCGGGUAGUGGUACUGGUGUCGCGAGUGGAACUUCAAGUGGAACUGUGGAUAGCAGUGGAACCGGAACCGGAAGCAGAAUGCAGUUAACUGGAGCAUCGGCACCUGGAGCGGCAGCUUCUCCAGAAUCGGGGGUUUCUCCAUUGGCCGAUGCCUAUACAAAAAUGACAAGUGAUAUUUUGGCUGAAAGAACAUUGGGUGAUUCGGCUGGUUUAUGGGGCGGUGAACAUUCUGGAGAAUUGGUGAGAACCGGAUCACCGCAUUUGGUGUGCACGGUUUUACCGGUUCAUUGGAGGUCGAAUAAAACGCUUCCGCAGGCAUUUAAGGUCGUAGCCCUUGGCGAAGUUGGGGACGGAACCUUGGUAACAGUUAGGGCUGGAAAUGACGAGAAUUGUUGCGCCGAACUUCGAAACUCCACCGCCUUGAUGAAAAAUCAAGUAGCUAAAUUCAACGAUCUUAGGUUCGUCGGCAGAAGUGGAAGAGGUAAAAGUUUCACAUUGACAAUAACGGUGUCGACAAGUCCCCCUCAAGUAGCGACGUACAGUAAGGCAAUAAAGGUGACUGUCGAUGGGCCACGUGAGCCCCGCUCCAAGACCAGUGAGUAUCACUUGUUAUCUCUUUUAGGGAACCAGCAUCAGUACGCUCAUGCAUUCGCCUUUGCGUCACAGCGUGGUCCUUUUUUUACUGGCCCUCUGGUGGAUCCACUUCAGCCUCUGUCGAAUCCCCUUCAACCAUUAGCGAAUCCUCUACAACCACGGGAUCCGCUCUCGUCAUUUCGACACGCGAUGCCUGGCAAUUGUCAAAAUAUGUCGCAAUUUGGAUUGACUGCGGGCAAUUCAUGGGGUUAUGGUAGCACUGCUGGUUAUGCGGGUUAUCUUCCUGGUCCUUUAUCGUCGUGUGCGGCGCAAGCACCAUUUCCACCGCCUCCGCCUCCACCACCGCCACCUCCGCCUCCGACGUCGUCUCUGGCUUCUUUCGCAGGUACUGCGUCAAUGAACACACCCACCGCUCCCGAUUCAACAGCCGGCUCAACUGUAACUUCCGGUACAAGUGGUACCACACCUCAACAAGACGCAUUCUCCGCCGUAUCUUCGUUAGUACCAGACACAACAACGCCGGGUCAAGCCGAUCCAUUGGACCCAUUGAGCACCUUAAUGGGUACAGCUGCCUCUCAAAGGUAUCAAGAAUACGUCUCACCACGAUCAUUAUCAACCGAUUCGAGUACAACUGAGAGUCCAGUUCAUGAGGAGCAGGGUUUCGGGCAAAAUUACGGAAAUUAUUUUCCCACACCCAGUGUAUUGCCCAGUAUUCUCUAUUCACAACUUUAUGGAAAUCAAUUUCCAAAUUCUGAAAGUUCAGAGGAAAGAUCAGUGGGCGGUAGUUGCAAUGUAAGACAAGAGGAGGUCAGGCCUGAUAAUAAUGUUUGGAGACCGUACUGAAAGCGAAGCAAUAGAAGCAAUUAUUUUCUGCUUCAACAUUUUUAUCCAAUGCCAUGAGCCUUCCACACCAUCUAAAGACUGUGAACAAAAAAAAAAAAGAAAAGAAAAAAACUUGUGGACAAUUAAAAAAAAAACUCUUUCGGACUGUGGGCAUUACUCGGAUUCGACAUAAAUUCUUUUUUAUUUUCGAUAAUACUAGUAACUAAAACAAAAAAAAAUCUAAUUCUGGUUGUGUAUCGUCGUCAACGAAUCUUAGAGAACGAAAAAAUGUGCCGUGAGGUAUUUAUCAUUUUUAUUUCCACAAGUAUAAAAAAUUUUUUUUUUUCGCGUAUGAAUGAUGAAUGACGAGAAGAAAAUAACACAAUAAUUGAAGAAAAAAAAAAUUGUAAAUAUUUGUAAAUAGUUGAUAGAAUAUUGUCGUCCCAUCGAACUGUAAUCGCAAUUUGAGAAACAAAAAAAAACCGAGAGAUUAUUUCUUUAAUUAUGUUUCAUAGUAUAUUUACAUAUUAUAGUUAUUGUACGUUGGUAUUUUAAGGGUUUGUGCAAUAAUUUGAGUUUCCUCAAAGAAAAAUAAAAAUGAAAACGCAAGUGUUCAUCUCGUUCUGCCUUGAGUGAAAACGAAACAUCGAGAAAAAAUUUUCAAAAUUUCUUUUUAGAUCAAUAGGAAAAAAUUAUUUUGGAAAAUUAAAGUGAGGGAAAAAACAUCGAAAUUGUGCAUCGAGAAAAAAAACAAUUGUUUUAUUGUUUGUUAGACAAUUCUAAUUAUUUUACAAUCUGAAUUUGUUUUCUUUUUUUGUUAAAAAAUUAUUUACAAUACACAUAUCUAUCGACUAUUGUUACAGUAGUUUUUGACUGAGUCGAAUAAAGUGUAUUUCAAAA